UUUAUUUGCAUGUAACACCACGUUUCAUGUGACGUCGUCAAAGUUUACAAACAGAAAUAAUCAGCUCGAGACUAAACAAAUACCGUUACAGCUCGUGACUCUGCCGCGGUGAGUGCACAAUGCUUAGCCCGCUAACAACGUUAACCCGCUAACGUUAACAACCGUUAGCCCGGUAACGUUAACAACUGCUAGCCCCGGUUACAACGUUAGCCCGGUAACUUUAACAACUAUAAGCCAGGUAACAACUGUUAGCCCGGUAACAACUGUUAGCCCGGUAACAACGUUAGCCCGGUGUCCGGGAACGCCAGUUUGGUACAUUUCCUCCCAUUGGUUAACAUGGAGCAGACAGCCAGUGUCAACGCAGAGCCUGUUCAGCGCUCUGACAUUAACGAUCGUGGCACACAAUGGCGUAACUGGACUGGAUUUUGGCUCCUUGGAUUGUGCAACAACUUUGCUUAUGUGAUAAUGCUGAGCGCCGCCCAUGACAUCCUCAAAAAACAAGAGACAGAAAACGCCACAGCAUUUACUCCAGCUACGUUGACUUUGGAUUUCCAAGGUGUAAACAGUAGUAACAGUAGCCGCUAUGACUGCAAUCCUGUCUCUACUGCGGCCGUGCUGUUAGCUGACAUCCUCCCAACGCUCGUCAUCAAGUUGUCUGCUCCCUUUGUGAUCCACAAACUGCCUUAUGGUUUCCGAGUGUUGUUCUGCGCCAUCAUGGCAGCAACAAGUUUCCUCCUUGUGUCCUUCUCGUCAGCUGUGUGGAUAAGCAUUCUAGGAGUGAUCUUUGCCAGUAUCAGCGCUGGACUCGGAGAACUGUCCUUCCUCUCUCUCACUGUGUACUUCAGCAGGGACGUGGUGGGAGCGUGGGGCUCAGGCACUGGUGGUGCUGGUGUUGCUGGAGCCCUCCUCUACUCAGUCUUCACCCAAGUAGGCCUGUCGCCCCAGAUCACGCUUCUCAUCAUGCUGGUGGUCCCGUUUGCUAUGUUAAUCAGCUAUUUCUUGGUACUGGUUCUUCCACCUUCACUACCUCAGUGGAGACGGACACAAUAUGCUGCUGUGAGGUCAGAGGAGAGACAGCGGCUGAUGGAUGAGUCAGAAGAGGGGCAGGAGAAAUCCACCUCAGUAACAGAGGACAGGACCAGUGGACCUCUGACCUGCACAGAAAAACUUCAUGUCGUCAAAGGCUUGCUGAGGUUUGUCUUCCCCCUGGGAUUGGUCUACUUCGCUGAGUAUUUCAUCAACCAGGGCUUGAUGGAACUCGUGUAUUUCCCCAAAGUGUUCCUGUCUCAUGCAGAGCAGUACCGCUGGUACCAGACGUUGUACCAAGUUGGUGUGUUGGUGUCUCGAUCGUCCCUGUGCUGUGUGAAGAUCAGGAAACUGUGGGCUCUCUCUUUGCUACAGGUGAGAAAUACACACAACACUCACAUUAAUCUGAUAUUUCAUAUACAUUUAUUUAGCAAACUGACAGUAUUCUUUAGUUGGGUAUUCCUUUUAUUUCCACAUGUGGCAACUAAAACGGUCAAGGUUAAAUAUCUAAAAGGUUUGUAGCUUGAUAGUAACAGUU